AUGUAUUUUGCAUCUGUAAAUUUAUCCAAUGAAUUAAACGAUGAUCAAGAAAUUUUAUAUUAUAAUUUUAAUAUCUUUUUUCAACAUUUAACUGAAUGUUUUAUUCAACCAUUUUUAAAUAAUAAAACAGUUUUUAUUCAAAAUUUAAUUACAAUACAUGAUUUACAUAAAGAUAAACAUGGUAAACUUCUAUUAGAUAUUGCCACAUUUCAAUCUACAAAUGAAAAAGCAAAACCUAUAUGUAAUUAUUUGACAACACGUUUUCUAAUUGGAACAAAAUUACAUGCAGUAGUCAAAAGAGAAAAAGAGAAAACUUAUCAAGUGGAAAAUGAAUUUAUUGAUGAAAAAAGUAGAGAAAUAUUAAAUGAAAUUGCAAUUAAUGAACGAGAUUUUAUCAUUCAACAAAUUUUAAAUGGUCUAUGUUCACAAUCUGAUUUAAAAUCAUUAAUGAUAGUUAAUGAUAUAUAUGAUUAUGAUGAAAUAUUAUAUAAUGCUAAAAAUAAACAAAAAGUCGUUUAUCCAUAUAAUCCAACACCAGAUUUUUAUAAAUAUUGUCAAAAAUUUGAUGUUGAAAUGAUUGGUAUCUCACGUCGAGAAUUAAUGACACAUAUAAAUAAGGAACAAUUUCGAAAUCUUGUUCAUAAAGUUGAUCCAAAAUUUGAUUAUAAACAUCAUCGUCUUCAAUCAACAGAUUCAUUAGAAAAAAUUCAAAAAAUAUUACAUGAAACUGAAACAUAUAAAUUAACAUCAUUAAAAUUAAAUAAUAAUAAACAACAACAAACUUUAAUGUUUAUUCAAGAAGAAAUGUCUGCUGGUGGUGUAGGAAGCUAUAUGGUAACAAAAAAAGAUAAUAUUUAUGAAAUAAAUGAUGAAUUAAAAUUUCAUUCACUUGAUGAAAUUGCUACAUUUUUUAAAGAGAAAAAUGUGGAUAUAAUUGUUGCACCAUAUUAUGAAUAUAAACAUAAACAACCACCUAAUCCUUCUAUUGGAAUUAUUUUAACAGAUACAGGUGUAAGUGCAUACAUUGUUGGUAAUCAACGUCUCGAUGCUAAUGGAGCUUAUUUUGGCAUUGAUAUUUCACCCGAAUGUUUUACACCGGAUAUUAAAACAUAUUUUGAUGAAAAUUAUCAACGUUUAUUAGCUAUGGCUAUUCGAUUAGCUCAACAUGAACAACAGAUGGGUCGACGAGGAUACGGAUCAAUUGAUGCCUUCAUGUAUGUUGAUAAUAAACACGAACUACGAGUAGGAAUAUCAGAAGAAAAUGCACGAUUUACAGGUGUUUGUCCAACAUUAAUGACCGCGUUCGGACACGAGAAAAUGAGAGAAUUUAUUUUAAAACAUCAACAAUUUCCGUGCAUGUUAUCUAAUGAUGAUGUCAUUAUUCGAUCACAAUCAACAUCACUAUCAACAACAGAUGUAGCUAAAUUAUUCGGCAAACAUGACAUACCACUGUUCACGAAAGAUAAUUUAGAAGGCGUUCUUAUACUCAGUUGUCCAAUGAAGAAAGAUGAUUACUACUUGGUUGCUCUAGCCAUCAUAGCUCUAACAAUUGAAAAACGAAAAGAAAUCGAAAUUAAAAUCAACAAUGUAACAAAAUCAAAGUUUUGA